AUCGAUCCCGACGGCCACGGAACAGGCGAUGCACCCAUUUAUGUCUCAUGUAACAUGACGACAGGUUGUCAAAAGAGGAUUGCCAAUGUUCUUUUGUCAUCGUUACAUUUUUGUUUUUUUACUUGGAAAAUAGGAUCUACUUUAAUCCCGCACGACAGCGAAGAAGCCACAGAUGUUGGCCAAUGCUGGGAUGCAGGAUGUUACAGCCGACCGAUCCAAUACAAUGCCACUAUGAGACAAAUGAUCGCCCUCUUGGAAUUAUCAUCUGAUUGUACGCAGUCUGUCCAGUACGACUGCAAAAUUGCUCCAAUGGAAUUCAACGGAGAAUCUCAGAGUUGGUGGACUGAUCGACACGGGGUCCGACAUAACGACUUCACCGGUGGGAACUCGACUCAAUCGAAAUGCCAAUGCGCGCUGGAUAAUUCCUGUCUCGAUCGCAAAUUGCAGUGCAACUGUAACGCUCUUUCACCCAUAGAGACUACCGACACAGGUUUAAUUAUGGACAAAUCCUCUCUUCCCAUCACGCGGCUGAAUUUUGGACGCAUUUUGGCUCCACCCUCUUCCGGCCGGUACAUCCUCGGACGGCUGGAAUGUCACGGUCUUCAAAUGAUCUCAAGUGUUAAACGACUGCCAACUUCGUGCCAAGAUGUGUGGCGAACUGGCUACACAACUUCCGGUUUGUAUUCGAUCCUGCGAUCCGAAAUAUCUGAAACUGUGUUUUGCGACAUGACUCAAGUGCCAGGUGAGGAAAAGGCUCUUUCCUCAUUCGUUUCUACCGAACAAUUUAACUUAAUAACUGAGCGAUUGAAUAAAGCGGACGAGCGAAUUCAGAGACAAGCAAUGCGAAUCAGGAACUCCGUGGUUCGAUUGAAUUUGUUUCUAGGUAGACAGGACCGGACAAACAGCUUGCAAAUCCGCAAAUUAGAGUCGAUAGACGAGAAACUAGCGAGAGAUUUGAGAGAACUUUUCAACGGCCAUCAAAGACAAAACGAGGAAAUAGCAGAACUUAGAAGAAGAUCAGAUCGCCCUGCGGGAAAAUCAUUGACGCGGAUGCCGGCAAACUGUCACGAUUUGAAGACUAUGGGUCACGCCCUGAGCGGAAUUUACCCCGUCAAGGGAGACGAUAACAUCGAUAUGGUCUACUGCAACAUGACAUCAGGUGCCCCUCGAGAAACCUGGAUAGGAAAGGCGGACGUAGCGUCAUCUUUGGUCUAUUUUUACGUCCUAAGGAAAUCACCGUUCUACUUGGAAGGAAGAGGAAAUGUGCAAUCUAUCCUACCUUUUGAGAUAACUCGAUCCAAUCAAGGAGGUGGGAUGGACGCGAAAAAAGGUGUUUUUACUGUUCCCAAGUCCGGAACGUACGUGUUCCGAUUCUCCUUUGGAGCCAUCAAACGUGAAAAGCCCCAGCAUGUGUCGGUUACUUUGGUGCUGAAUGACGUCGAGGAUGUGGCCAGCAUCUACGGCAGCGAUCACCAGGGCUUUUUCUCGCUUUCCCUUCAAUCAAUCUUGAACCUGAGAAGAAAAGACAAAAUUCAUUUAGUACUUCAGUCUGCAUCGGGAGGAGGAAAUUAUGAAGACAUUGACAUGACUACACACUUUAGCGGCUUCCUACUUGAUGAACAGUUGUUUUGAAAUUCUCAUCCUAAAAUGUUAAUUUCCAAAGAUUAAGUAUUUUCUGUUUGUACUGUAAUUUGUUCAAAACCUGACAUGUGGCACGAGUUGAUUAUUUUGAAAAGACUUUUGUCGCUAUCGAUGCAAUAAUUAAAAUCAAAAUGUUAUUUGUUGAUCUUAUAACGCCCUUGAGACCAUUUAGUACACAAUUUUCCUUUUUA